CAAUAACCCGGACGCCGGGCCCGCCGGGAAUCUGAACCGUGGCGUUGAUGAUUUGAUUGGCAAGACGGAGGAGAAAUCACGAGACACCUCCAUCAAUCUGCAACAAAACAGAAUAAAACAAGAAUCUGGAACCAACAAUCUUCAACCACAAGGCCAUUACAAUUCCCCUUUAUAUAUAACCCAUUUUCUCAAAUUCUCUCUUCUGAUUCUGAAUCCCUUGAUUUUGUUGCUUGGAUUACGAAUGAGUUUCUCACCCAACCCACUUUCCCUCAGCGUCCCUGACGGUGCUUUCGAUUCAUGGCUUCGCGAUUCCGGCUACCUUGAAAUUAUCGAUCAGCGCACCUCUGACGUCCACCGUCAUUCCUCCGCCGCUGCUGCCCCCAUCACAUCCACCUCCGCCCCCACCACCCCUUUAGCUACUGGUUUCUUCAUCUCCCUUUUCUCUCGAAUCGUGACCCUUUUCUCCAUUUUCACCCUUAACCCCUUUGCCAAGCUCUCUGCUGCGGAUUUCUCUGGGCCAACCCCCUCCUGGACUUCUGGAUUUAUUGGGUCUUUUGAGUCGUACUCGUUUCCUUCUUCGCCGGCUCAAGCUCGUCUAAGAGCCCAUGAGAAUGCUAAACGCUAUGCUCGCAAUUACGCGUCCCUGUUUGUUCUCUUCUUUGUCUGCACGCUGUACCAGAUGCCUGUUGCCCUUCUUGGGUUGAUAUCAUGUAUGGCACUUUGGGACGUUGUUAAGUUUUGUUGCAACAGGUGGGGAUUAGACAAAUAUCCAGUUGUUUGGCAGUGUUUGGUUCGCGUUGCUCAGUGUGUGACUGUCAUUAUCCUUUUAUUUUCCAACUUUCAAAUGGCAAUUUUCUGUGCACUCGGUAUUGGGUAUACAGGCAUGAUUUUGCACGCUGCAUUUCGGAAGCUGACUCUCGCCAAGCCCCCAUCUACUGGGAGUCGAAAAUAGGUAGCUACAGACAACAAAUAUUUGUAAUGUUAUAUGUGAGCUAUGUUUGAGCAAGCUUGCUGCAAGGUACCCACAUCUGAAUCUAUGAUAAGAUAAAAAGUGCCUGGUAAUAAUUCUGCAUUCUAAAGUACAAAAAGCAUUCGUUGUAUUAAAACACAGAGGGUAGAAGCUGUAUUGGCAUGUUAAGUUCAAAGAAAGUUAAUUUUCAAUUAUCCCUGAAAAUGGUACUACUAAUCCUGUCUAGAGCCAUAAUAAUGUUAGUAGAAAAUGAAUGAUGUUCUUGUC